GUGCCGCGCCCCCGCGCCCCGCCCGCCCCCGGCAGCAGCGGCAGCGGCAGCGGCAGCCUCAGCACCUCCGCCAGCUCCGCCAGCAGCUCCAGCGGCAGCACCAUGGACCUCUCCUUCAUGGCCGCGCAGCUUCCAGUUAUGGGAGGAGCCUUUAUGGACUCACCCAACGAGGACUUUAGUACAGAGUACUCCUUGUUUAACUCAUCAGCCAACGUCCAUGCAGCUUCGUCCAUGCAGAAUCCACCAGAGGAGACAUCCCGUUCUUCAAAUGAUGCCAUAUUGUUAUGGAUUGCAAUAAUAGCAACAAUUGGAAAUAUUGUGGUUGUGGGAGUGGUGUAUGCCUUCACCUUUUAGGAUGACUGUCACUAUAAACACUGGAAGAGAGGAAAACUUCAACAGUAUUUGUCAUGUGUAUGUAUGUAUGUGUGUAUAUAUACAUGUAUAUCAAUAUAAAUACAUAUAGGUAGGGACUUUGUUGAUUAAGUGCUGCCACAGUUAUGAAAAAGAAAUGAAAAUUAAUCAUGUUAAAUCUUGAUGGCAGAAAGUUUGGAUGCAAGUUGUGUGGAAGUGAGAGCUUUAAUUAAAGAGCCAAUAUCGGUUUUGUAUAGAAAUGUAAUAAAAGAGAGAUCAACUUGAGUAUAGUCAAUACAGAGAAAGUGAUAUUUAUUUAGAAAAUGCUUAUUUUCUACUGUAGAUUUUUCUAGCAGCUCUUCUGCCCUUUGUCAACUCUUUCUUUGUGUAUUUUUUUACAGUGGUAUAAUGUUGUAUGGAAUUGUUCCAUGUCAUGUUUUCUGGACAUCUUAGUUUCUAGAUGGAUUAAAUGGUUGGCAUUGUCUCAGUUCUGAUGAAGUCCAGGUUCAUCAUGUGUGGGUCUUCAGGACGUGCAUAUGCUCCUAGGCUGUGUUGAAAAUCAUGGGUCUUAGAGCUGUGACAGGCAGAGCAGGUUAUCUAGGUCUUGCCUUCCAGUACCAGUUACUGGAGCUGAUAAUUGAUGAAAUGAUGCUGAACCUGUCUGUUUGGGAGAAGGCACAGCUAUUGCUGCUCUGCAGACCCUCCCUAUUCCAGAGGAGGAAAUGAUAAACAGAGCAGGAGCACAAGCUCCCAUUUCUGUCUAGGGGUACUGGAUUGCUGUGGUUUGUACAUCUGUCCCUUCCAGGAAAUAAAGACCUAAUGCCAUGCUAUUCAUCUCACUUCAGUGUAAUACAGAUUUUUUUCAGCAGCUCUGUACUUUCAUAGGGUUAUUAGUGUAUUGAAAGAAUGUGGGAAAAUUGGGAAGGAUGAUGAUUAUGAGUAAGAUAAAUCUGAAAGAAAGAUUGGACAUUUAGGCGCUCACGAGGGAAUGAAAACAUCAAUCAGGUGUGUCCUGGGGCAUAAACAACACAAGAAAGGUUAUGAGUGACAGAUAUGCAAGUGCUUAUAUUUCAGUAUUAAUAUAUCUCUCAGUUCUGGUGAGGCUUCUGGAAGUGAUUUUUAUAUAGCCUGCUGUAGGUAACGACUCUGAUUAUUUGGAUUUGUUCUAUUGAGGGAAAACAUUUUCACUGCAGUGUUCCUAUGGGCAGUUCCUUUUCAAGAGCUGUAUCUUUUCAAAACAAUCUGUAGCCUUAUUUGCUUGAGAGAGAUAAAAUCUUGAAGAAAAGAAAAAAAAUCAGCACUGUUGGAAGUCUCCCUCUUCCUCCUUAAAAAUUAAACAUAAAUAUAUAAAAUGUCGCUUUGAGAGUAGCAGACAAAUUCUUCUUCUAUGUCUGCAUGUACUGUCUAGGUUUUCUGUCUCAUAUAGCUACUACCCUGAUUCCAGAAUGCCUUGUCUUCAGGCACAGAGACUAUUUUUGACACUAGCCUGCCACUGAGCUUGAGGCUGGACUAAGAGCCGCUGAAUGUAUAGAGAGGUUUGGAUUUUCUUUUCUCUUUAAACCCGUUUUCCUGCAGGGCUGGUGGACAGUUACUUGCAGUAAAGCAGCAUGCCCCAAAUCCGUAUUUAUAACCACUCCGUAGUCACUGUGUAGAUGCAAACAGAGAUAGCAGUAGGGAGGAAAGAAACUAAGUUAUUUGAGGCUGAGAAAAACAAUGACAAGCUUCUCUGUGUGUUAUUUCCCUCUGUGGAGGCAGGAUUUUGUGAAGGUGGUUGAGGACAGACAAAACCUAUGAUGAGAAAAAGUUUGAGAAGCCUAGUUCUGGAAGAUCAGAGGGAAAUAAAGCAAAUUCUGUCUAACAAAAUAGCUUUACUCUUAAGAAUUACAGAAAAAUUAUGUUUUCAGCAGUGCUGAAAUAGCUAUUGAUUCUUUCAUAGGUAGAGGACAGUGAAAAACAGGGGAACUGCAUAAAUGGUGUAUUUUGCCUGUUCUUACAUCCCUCCUUAUUCUUGCUGAGCAGAAAGCAAGAUGUUAAAUGAGGCUGAAAAGCUGCAGAGAAGUUCCCAACGCAAAAUCAAACAGAACAACGUCUAGUGUACGAACAUGUAGGAGCCAUGCAAAUAUUGCUUAAUGUACUGUCCUGUCCCCAACCAUUUUCUGAUAUUCUGUUGCCUUUGUAAUUGUAUCAAUUACUCAUCAGCUUUCUUCGGUGUUUCUGUAGGCUCUCUGCUUGGGCCUGCAAGCAUUGUUUUUGCAUAAAGAGCAAAACAUUUCCACCAUGAUUAAAACCAGUUUGACACUAUGGUACUUGCCCAGUGGGAUUAUUCUGCUGCCUAAUGAAUUUUCCAGUGGAGUGCUUUGUUUAAAUUUCCUGGAAUAUUAAUCUUAGUGCAAUUAGCAAUGUUUGCAUCUCUUUCCCAGAGCACUGAACUGAACUCUUCAACCAUGGAGAAAAGCAUUGGAGUGGGAAGAGCGAAGAACAACUACUCUGCUAAUGAAACUGAGUGACACUUUUGUGUUGUUUUUCCCAAAGAAAAUGCCCUACUUUCAUGUGAAAUUGAUAGUAAUAGCAGGAGUGUUUGAAAACAAUGAGUUCUGCCUCCCAAAUCCAGAUCAUCGUCUUACAUAUUUUCAUCAUUAGAGGCUGAGUUGUCAAGAAGGGCCAGAGAGAACUUUAAUUUAAGUAAUUGGCUUGACAGGGUGACAUGGCAAGCUGGGUGGAAGCAGCAAGUGCAGGCAUUUCCUGUCUCAUAGCUAAACUACACACUAACUGUGCAGCUCCUCUGCUUGGGAAAAAAACAGUUUUAGGAUGCAGGUACAAGGAUACUGCAUACAAGGGCCCAUGUGGAAUAUUGUUGAAGUGUACUAAAGAUCCCUACAUCUCAGUGGGCAGACUGGUUAAAGCUCUGAUCUACUUCAGUAGUGACAAUACGUACACUGUGUUUCUGGAUGUUAUGUUCUGGCUUCAUCCGCUACAACCACUUCUGUCUUCUGGGAGGUCAGGGAAGGUUUAAAUUGAACCCUUGAAAAAGGUGGCUUAUCCAUCAUUUAAUUUAGAAAAGCCACAGAGGAUAGAGGAGAAGUGGAUGAAUGGUGCAUGUAUGGUCCUGUGAAGUGUGUUAGCUCUUCAUUGUGUACUUACAUGUUAAACCCUGUCAACACAGCUUCACUUGGAGUACUGUAGCUUCUCCUAUCCUUGGAACCAGGCAGGUGGCUAACUGCUGUCGUUUGCUGAGGGGUGGUGAGAAAUCCCAAAUGCAUUCCCCAGAGCUGUUUUCUGGAGCCCUUCUGUAAAAGAAGAGGGCUCUGUGCUUUACUGAGCACUUUGUGCUUGAGAGAAGGAUUCUACUUCUAGAAGAUCCGUGCUUUAAAUAAAAAUGUCUAGCACAGAUAACAGUUACAAAAUCCUGGAUGGAGUUUGUUCUGUAGUAGAUAAAGCAAACCACUUUCUAUAUGUGGUGUUAGGCCUCUUGCUCUGUUGUGGAAUUUCAUCCUACAAACAUAAGAAGCAAUAGUGUCUGUGCUCUGUGGAGUUGCUAAUGAGACAUGGAAAGCAGGAAGACAAGCUGGGGUGCCCUAAUGAGUCUCUGUUAGCCAAGGCCUCUAGGGAUCUAUGGCAAUGUACCAAAUAAUCAAACUCUAAAGAACUUUGUUUCUCAAAGCAGCCAGCAGCUCGACACAGCAGCUGUGCAGUCACCACAGCAAAGAGACUAAUGGCUGAACAAUUAUGCAGGUGGGUGCAAUGGCACAUUAGACAGGAGAACUGAGUGGGGAAACCCACACAGCUUACUCCUAUCGUAUUUUUGUCUUCAGGACUAGGAGUCUGUGCUUGCCCACAGCAUUAAUAUCUUCCUAAAAUGAAAUGAGGGAGGAGGAUGUAUUUUUGUGUCAACACACUUGCAAAACUGAAAAACAAAUUUUGAAACUGAUGAAACAGUAGCAGAGAGACUUGUCUGCUACAAAUAAUGUAUUUACCUUUGGAGUAGGCAAGUAAGUGAGGACAUAGGAUAUCUGAGAAGUAAUUACAUCCCUGCCCAAAAAUCUUCAUUUGCAGUGGGACUUGAGGGAAUCAAUAUCCCACCCAACUGCUGAGCAGCCUGUAAUAAUAAGCCCCCAAUUGAGAGUGAAUAGAAGCAGCUAGUCAUAAUAGUCUGUACAUCCAUUUUAAGAUAAAGGGAAAAAUAUGUCUUUGUUUCUGAGGCCAAAUGAAAGCAGGGGCCCUUAGUCUGUGGGUUUUUAUUUAUUUUGUCUAUUAUUAGAAGCUUUUAUUUUGCUAGUCUCAAAUAAUUCCAGUUGUUAAUAUCCUCUUCACAUUUCUAUGCAGGCUUCUGAGAGUUAUUAAUUUCAUGUAGCGCUGUCCAUUUAUCCAGUGUAAUUUUACUGAGUUUCCUGUGGCUAAUCACAGAGUAGAAUCUGGAAAAUUACUUUUUUUAAGGAUGAUUUACAUUUGAGGUAAAUAGACCAAAAAUCAGAAUCCCAGUUCAAAAUGCAUCUGUGCUUUUGGAGCAUUCAACGCUCUGGAGAAUUGGAUUUCGUCUGGUUAAUGUGCAGAAAGGAAAAGGGCAGUCAGGUCCCUGGUGAUAAUGUCAGACAUGAGGGUUCUGACGGGCAGAGCUGAGCGGUUCAUUAACUGCUGCUCUGUCCCUCUGAGCCCCACUGGCUUCCUGGACUCAGCCAGGUCCAAGUAUAAGUGAGCUAACCAUCAGGUACAGCAUGUCCCUCCUCAUCUUACAGCUUGCUAAUCCUCAGGGAAACAAGUGCAUUUAUUCCACUCACAGAAGAGGAAGCAGAGAUCCAUAUUCUGUUAGAUCUGUUGUUACUACUACAUUGGUCAGUCACUAUAAGAUCAAGAUAGGGAUGGUUUAACAUAUAGUUAGCCCUUUGCCCCCCAUCUGGGAACAUCCUAAAGGCAUCAAGGCGUCCUGAGGCCUUAAAGUGUCCUAAUGCCUUUAAUCUAACACUGACUUUUUGUGUUUCCUCAUAUAGCCCGUCUUUGCCUUUUACUUUGUCUUUCCAGCUCAAAACAGGGAAGAUGAAGUCGGCCCUAUGCUCUCCCCUGGCCACAUAGAGACCUCCAAACAGCUAGGGACCAACCAUGUCCUCUUUUACUUUGUGGUCCUUCAGGCACAAAGAAAGAAAGUGUCCAAUUGUCCACGCAAUCAGCUCCAGAUGAAUAUGUGCCUUUGCAGAACAAAGUGCAGGGCAGUUUUAUCUCAUUCUGGCCUGUACCAGAACGCUUACACCACGACACAUGACCAGACUUACUUUUGCAGUAAUCUGUUUUGGGAAUUAACACAGCCAAGAACUGGAAAAGAAACCCCUGAUAACACAAGUGUCUAAUCACAACACAUGUCUGAUCAUCUCAAGGAUGUGCCUCUGAAGACAGUUUUGCCUGCGUGACAUAGGCAGACUUGAGCUGUUGGUACCAAGGCAAAUGCCCUUUCACACGAGCACAAAUGGUCUCAUUCUCUUUGGCAGGUCUUGGGACAUUGUGCCACCCAUCCUAUCUUUCCUAUGUAGGUUAGUAAUGAAGAUAUUUUUCAAUUCUAGAAAAUACUCAAAAAGCUUCCUGUGUUAGUAGAAUAAAUAUAAAUUUUACCUUCCAAAGAUAUGCUUAGCCUGCCUGCAAAAGCAAAACCAGCCCAGGUUUCUUAACUGUGGAGUGUUAAUGAGUCAAGUAUCAUCUGUAGAGUAGUGUCACCUCAUUUUAAUCAUCAGCUUUGUGGCAGUAGAUCUCAAAGGGAAUCUUACUGUUGCCCAGAUUUGAAAAGGCUGAGAACAGAAACAAGUUGCAGAAUUACAGACUGUCUCACUACCUAAUCCUUUAGGCCUCAUUCCUCCCCAAAUUACCCUAAUGUGAACCAUCUCUUUAAACCUAUUGUCACCAUCAUAUUGCCUCCAUUUUAUUUCUCCACUUGUCUUCUUUGUAUUCUUUUCUUUCCCUGGUAUCAGAGCAUGUUAUGACUUGGAAGCCAGCAAUGUUCUACAGCCCUUUUUAACCACCUCCUUGACUGACCUUCGCUGAGAGUAGGGUUAGUGAU